AGUUUCAUGCUGCUUGUGUGGAUUCUUGGCUUACGUCAUGGAGAACCUUUUGUCCAGUUUGUAAGCGUGAUGCAAGGACUGGUCUAAGUGAUCCUCCACCUUCAGAAUCCACGCCGUUGCUUUCAUCUGGCCCAGCAUCUGGAGCAUCAUCGUUAGUGUCAUCUGUGAGAUCAUCAUUAGCAUCAUCUUCUGCAAUACAAAUUGGUCGGUCAUCAUCACGGUCCCCAUCUGUUUCUCGGGACCAUUCUGUGGCUAGUACUCCCUACAUUCAGCCAUCAUUUAGGUCCCAUCAGCAAUCUCCCUUUAUGAGUGUCAGUCGAAGCUCAGUAGAUCUUAGGAAUGCAUCCCAAAGAUCUCAAGCAUCUCAUUUGAAUUCUCCACAUUCCAUGGGUUACCCAUCGAUGUCAUCAAUGAACUCAAGGUACUUGUCUCCACAUAUUCGAAGUCCAAGCAAUGUUUCAGCAAGUUAUCUUGGUUCUUCUAGUCAUCGUCAUCACCCACUUCGUUAUAGCGGGUCAGCUGCGAGUUUUUCUCCAUUUGCUUCUGCCCAGUCCCUUCCAGAAUGCUGAGUCAUUGAACCAAAUUUUGGAUUACAAUUGUGAGGCCUGCACCGCAUUUGCAGAUAGUCAUGAAAAAAAGGAGGAAACAACAUUUAAAAAAUUCUCAUGACCUCUGCACUAAAUCAGAUGGUUGUCAUGUUCUGACUAACGAUCUGCUUCCAUCCCUUGUUACUGCUCGGAUCGUGUUGUGGUCACAUUUGGCGGUUGAUUUCUUCAUGCUCAGAUGUACACCGUAAGAUCACUGUGUAGUGUUUGUUUUAUUCUGGUUGAUGUUCUUGCAUUUUCAGGUUGAUGUGUUUGCCUAAGUCAUGAUGAUUCUGCCGUUUGCGCUGGGUUGAUAUUCACCAUGUCAUAUUCUUCGUUUUCAAAAUAUACAGUUUAACUGCUAACAUGAGAAUAUGUUUGGCCUGUACAGAGAAAUCGCAGUGGGAUUAGUUCUGUGUAUGUUCUGAUUUUUAUUAGUUUUCUCAGCUGGGCAGAGUUUCUCUCCUGAGUUCUCCCUCCAGUCUUUUCGAUGUGUACUAAAACACCUUCUGUCCUUCAUUUUUUGUCGGCCUUUUUGUACUAUAUAUUCACCAUCUUCUGCAUUUUCACAUGCACCUGGACAGAACUGGAAGAAAACCACCUGAAAAGAUUCUUGUCCCCAGAUGCUGACAGGUUCUGUGAUUUAUGGAAGUUUCCGAAUAAUGACAGGUUAAGUGAUUGAUGGAGGUUUAUUUGUACUGAGCAUGGAGUCGUGGUGAUGAGUAUUGAAUUUAUAGGUAAUUAUAAGUUGAUAUGUUGGCAAUUGUUGUUACUCCUGAGCCUUAGUAACAACCAAUUUAAUUUCCUAUGCCCCUCUUCUUCAGUAAACGUGCAUCUUUACUAAGUGAUGUGGAAUCCAUCAAGAAGAAAUAAAAAGCCCUCACUUAUUUCCCCUC